UCCUCAAAGAUUCUCUGUUAAAGAAAUGGCUUUCUACAAAGCAUUAGCCUUUAUUCUGCUCGCGGCCAUGCUGAUGGCUGCCGGGCCGGCAGCAGCACAGCUGAGCCCGACGUUCUAUGACGCCACAUGCCCCGACGUUGCCACCAUCGUCAGCAAUGCAUUGGCCCAAGCUCUCCAAACCGACGCCCGAGCUGGUGCUAAACUCAUCCGCUUUCACUUCCACGACUGCUUCGUCAACGGAUGCGAUGGGUCGGUUCUACUUGAAGACUCGGUAGCAGACGGCAUAGACAGCGAGCAAAACGCGCCGGGAAACCAAGGGAUACAAGGCCAAGAUAUAGUCGCGAACAUCAAAACAGCGGUGGAAAACGCCUGCCCGGGCGUCGUCUCCUGCGCCGACAUCUUAGCCAUUGCAUCCAAUGCUUCUGUGGUUUUGGCAGGAGGAGAGGGAUGGGAGGUGCCAUUGGGAAGAAGAGACAGCAGAAUAGCUAAUAGAUCGGGAGCUGAGAGCAACCUUCCCAGCCCUUUUGAAGGAGUUGCAAAUCUUACUGCCAUGUUUGCUAACGUUGGUCUUGAUUCCACUGAUCUUGUCGCUUUGUCUGGAGCACACACGUUCGGGCGUUCAAGGUGCAGGUUCUUCAGUGGGCGUCUGAACAACUUCAACGGAACCCAAAGCCCCGACCCGACACUGGACCCUACCUACAGAGACGUUCUUCUGGAGGCCUGCCCUCAGGGCGGGGACGACAAUCGUGUCAAUCUUGAUCCGACAACUCCCGACCAAUUCGACAACAACUACUUCACCAAUCUGCAGGCCCAGCGCGGGCUUCUUACCAGCGACCAGGUCCUGUUCUCCACCGCCACCGCCGCCACGGUGGACGUCGUCAACCGCUUCGCCGGAAGCCAGGCGGAGUUCUUCGCAGGAUUUGGGGCGUCCAUGGUGAAGAUGGGGAAUAUCGGCCCCAAGACGGGGACCGAUGGGGAAAUUAGGCUCACUUGUUCUACAGUCAAUCCUUUGCCUUCUGUUGCUGAUAUGUAAAUUUUUUUUUUUUUAAUUGUGUGAAAGUGUUUUGUUUCUGUGUGGGAUUUAAUGAAUAAUUCCCUCAUUUGGCCUA